CUGUUUUUGUUUACCAUAACACACGCCGACUGUCCUUCGCCUGAGUUACCCGAGGACUGCCUGACAUAAGCGGGCCACAGCCACAUUCCUUAUACCGUUCCGGUCGAUCAUGUCUGUGAAACACGCCAUCAGACGGGGGCUGGAGUUGGGCCGGUCCGUCUUUCAGCUGGGUCUCCUCAAAUCAGGAGGCCGAAUCGCAGCGAAGCUCCGAGCUGACCGCCUCCGUGUCGGGCCGUCGGGCCGCACCGUUCAGCCUCAGGCUUUCCUGCCGUCUCGGUACCGCUACUACCGCACCUCGCUGAAGGGCCUGGCAGCCCAGCUCCAGUCCGCCGGGCUCAGGAGAAGGCUCGGCGGCGGGUCCCCCCGGAACAGGGCCGUGUUCUGGGCUUUCGGUGUCGGCGUGGGGCUCAUCGAGCAGCAGCUGAAUGACGACAGAAGGAGCGCGGCGACGUGUGACGAGAUCCAGGCGGUGUUCAGGAAGAAAAAAACCCAGAGCCCAUUCAAGCCAUGCACCUCUGGAUAUAAACUGCAGGAUUACAUCAUUGGGAACCAGAUUGGGAAAGGCUCCAACGCUGCUGUGUACGAGGCUGCAGCUCAGUUUGCACCUCAGCAGAGCGACGUCGAGUGCACCCCGGCUCAGCUGGCACCAGAGGAAGGGGAGACUGCUCGAGCGCUCAGAACCUUCCCUAUGGCUAUCAAGAUGAUGUGGAACCUUGGGGCAGGGUCGUCAAGUGAGGCCAUUUUUAAAGCCAUGUCACAGGAGCUGGUGCCUGCAAGCCCCCUGGCCCUAAAGCAGGGGGAAGAAGAAAUCUCUCUGGAUGGAUAUUUUGGAGUCCUGCCCCGAAGAGUGUCAGCGCACCCCAAUGUGAUCAGAGUGUCCCGGGCCUUCACAGCAGACGUCCCAUUGCUUCCAGGUGCACAAGAGGAGUAUCCAGAUGUGCUGCCAGCCAGGCUCAACCCUGCUGGUUUGGGCAACAAUCGCACUCUUUUCCUCGUCAUGAAGAAUUACCCCUGCACACUGCGUCAGUACCUGGAAGUGUCCACACCAGGCCACAGGCAGCGCUCUCUGAUGGUGCUGCAGCUCCUUGAGGGGGUGGACCACCUGUGCAGACACGCGGUUGCUCACAGGGAUCUCAAAUCAGACAACGUGCUGUUGGAGUUUGACUCGGAUGGAUGCCCUCGUUUAGUAAUUGCUGACUUUGGCUGCUGCCUGGCUCUGAGUGAGUCUGAUCUACGGCUGCCAUUCAACAGCACAUAUGUUGACAAAGGAGGGAACGCCUCCCUAAUGGCCCCUGAGGUGGCCACUGCAGUUCCAGGGCGCGGCGUGGUGAUUGACUACAGCAAGGCGGAUGCCUGGGCGGUGGGCGCCAUCUCCUAUGAGAUAUUCGGGCAGCCUAACCCGUUCUACCGAGCAGUGGGACUGCAGAGCGAGAGCUUCCAGGAGAAGCAGCUUCCUCCUCUGCCCCCUGGUGUUCCAGCUGAUGUGCAGUUAGUGAUCCGAUUCCUCCUCAGGAGGAACCCAAGCAAGCGCCCCAGUGCCCGCGUGGCCGCUAACAUGCUACACCUUAGCCUGUGGGGACGGAAGGCCCUGGUCAACCAGCACAGCGUUGGCAUGAGGAAGCUUGUCGAUUGGCUGCUGUGCCAGUCUGCUGUGGUUCUCCUGAAGGGCUGUAGUGGACCGAGUGGCAACAAGGUGGAGGCGGAGCUUCAGAGGAGCUUCCUGUCCAACCUUGACCUGGAGGACCUUCGCACUGCUGUGGGCUUUCUCCUCUAUGGGCGAGAGCAGCGUCACACCUGCAUUCUGUCUGCAUAGAUCCACUCAAUCAGACGCUACGUUGAUUUGUCAUUGAUAUAAACAGACGGGGAGCCCCAAGUUGCUUUGAAUUUUGGUUAGACGUCUUCAUUAAGGAUUUUUCUAGUCUUGGCCUGUAAAUCUAAUGUGUGUUAAGGCGAACUGCACUGAGACUUGCACGUCAUCUAGAACUAUCAGUGUAUUCCAGAGAUCAUUGCAAUUUAUCAAGUGGUUUGAUUCAUUUAUGUUCCUGUGGUUUGCACUUGCUAAGAGAGAGUUUAUUUAUUGGUUAUUACUGUGUGUUCUAGGAAUUUUCUAUGUUGACACAUUUUUCCACAUGACAGGCAUAAUAAAAUCAUUAUCCUAUGGACACUGAGGGAUACAAUAUACAGGGUGUGUAAGGUUUCAUACUGAAGAUGGUAAAAGAUAUUUUAGAUCCGUGUGUAUAGUUAUAUGCUUUUCUGCUGUUAUAAAUGUAUAGAAUAAAAGUACCUUAGAAAAGA